AUGCCUAAAGCGGAGGAGUUCAAUCUUCAUCCCUUUGGGUGGGAAGAUGGCCCCGACGAGGAAAGAUUCAAGCUCUGCGCAUUAGACUACCUCUCGACGAUAACGUACACAAACUCAGUGAUCUUCUUCAAACUGAGUGAUGCGGAGAAGAGUAAAGCCGUGACAGUACUGAAAGAGGGUCUGGAAAGGACUCUUGCUCAAGUCAGGCAUCUCGUGGGGACUAUCGAGAAGGAUGAUGAUGGUUAUCAUUCUAUAGUUAGGAGGAAGGCCAGCACGUUCCAGUUUGUAGUUCAGCAUCUUGAUUCUCCUGAUGAUGUGUUUCCAUCUUUCGACGAGAUCGCAGAAGCCCAUUACCUCUCACCAAUACUUGGCGACAUCAACGUUUUGACCAACUCGCCUAUGACUUGCGGCAGCAAGCCAGAAGCACAUCCGGACAAUAGCCCUAUCGUUGCAUCAUCCAAAGCCAACCUUAUUCCUGGCGGACUCAUUCUCACCCUAUCUACACAUCAUUGGACCAACGGGCUCAUUGGCUUUGCAUCCUUUGUUCAGCAAUUGUCCGAGAACUGCUAUGCAGUUGCGAAUAAGACUGAGUUUCCAUCAUUUGACCCGAGAUGCAUGGAUCGUAGCCUGUUCGGGCCCUUUGGCUCCGACAGCCUCCCGUCUCUAGAGAAACAGGUUGACGCUCCUCCUCGUCAGACGAGGAACACAAAGCACAAACACUCACAAGCGUUGCUUUUCCACCUCCCCAAGAGUAAGGCCCAAGAGUUGAAGAGGGUUGCGACACCUAGUGACGGGACUUGGAUCACCACAUUCAACGCGAUUUGUGCCAUUCUAUGGCGUGUCUCGUCAAGACUGCGCGAGCCACUCUAUAAGCCCGGCUUGUCUUAUAAGCCGCUCUGGGCCGGGGGAGUUAGUGUGACCAAAUUCUUCACAAACCCUCCAAUGCCCGAACGCAUCCAAGGCAACCUACAGAUAGACAUCACUUCGGAGAUGUCGGAUGUGCCUCAGCUAACACUAGCCGAAAUUAUCUCAGAAGCACCAUUAUCAAAGUUGGCAUUGUAUACACGUCAGGUGACAGAAAGUGUCAACCUGGAUAUGUUGACUGCAGUGCUCGAGAAGGUUGCCAGCGUUCGCAACAAGCAGGAUCUGUCGAUCAACGUCGAUUCCUUCCAACCAAUGUCCUUGUUGACCAGCGACUGGAGAAAAGCCGACUUCUGCGUCUUGGACUUUGGUUUUGGAAAGCCUACUGUUCACCGACAUUUGUUUGGCGGGGUACCCCUCAGUCAGGUUGUUGUUUUCCCGCCUCGUGUAGGCCCUGCGGGGGAUGACGAAGGGAUUGAGUUGCAGGUCACGAUUGAGACGGAGAUCAUGUCCAAGAUGAUCAAUGAUGCCGAAUGGAGCAGGUACUUUGAGUUCAGGGGUGUUGAUGCUUGGGAGGAAAGAACUUUGGAUAAGCAAAAGGCUAAACUAUAA